ACCAUUAAGGUUUUUGACCAAAUAUGGACAAUGGUGAAAAGAGUCCGAAAAGCGUCAAGCUUUCAAACGUUUCGUUGGAUCCGACCCUUCUACAGCGGCUAUGUCCUGGCUACGAGGAGUAACAUCUGCAGUACUGAGCAGUACUGCAAGAGGAGUGUUCUCUCAAAGACCUAAGUUACCGGCUCGAAUGCUCUCCAACGUCCGUCACCCACCCGCUAUGCUCGAUAGAACCAAAAAUCAGGACCGUGUUUGGACGCAGGCUAUCUGGGAUACUAUAGACCGCACAGCAGGAACAGCUCAAAAACAGAACCCACCAACCCCAGAUGAAUUAUGGGCUGAACGGAGUCGGAGUGCAACUUUCAACCCUCCAGCUGAUCCGUACACGGGUUGGUUCUCUAGCACUCUAGGUCGUGUUCUCGGCUGAUCUCGACCCGUCCAGGUAGAAGAGUAUUUGUAAACGGAGACUUGGGUGAAGCAUUUAGGAGGUUACAAACGCGU